GUCUCGGUAUCAGCGGGUGCAGAUAAAGCGUGACUCAGUGUUCAGCUAUGGUGCACUGGGGAUCUCUUGUAAACAAGGAAUGCGGCACCGCUUGCCCGGGGAGCGCAGCGCAGUCGUUCGGGCUGACAGACUUCUCACACUUUGUAAACUGCAGGUUUUGGAGCGCAGCUUCGUAUCCAGUCCACACAGACAGCACAGUGCUUUUAAAAUAGUUACAGGAAAAGUUGAGGCUCAGGACAAAUAUCCUGAUGUUGUGAGACUUCCAGAAGGGCUGCUGGGAGAUGCCAUCAUCCUAAGGAACCCCAAACCUUCUGGGUUUGAAUUAAUGAUCGUCUGGAAGAUCCAUCUCGAUGAAAAAGGGAGAACUACGCCUGUUCUGGACCUUCUGACUAAAGUACCAGAGCAAGUCCUGGGGCAGAAGAAGGCAGCAAUUGAAAAUGCCCCCGGCCACUUCCGAAGUUUGCUGCUGCUGCUUGGGAUUGAGGCAGCCAUCGAGAACCUGAUCAGAGCGGUCAGCUUGGGACAGUGAAUAGCAGCACGAGUUACAACAGGUAGCAAUUUCAAAAGUAGUUUUAAUUAA